CGUGUGCUUGUUUGCUUGUUCAGUCCACUGGAACUAAUGCUUGUCGUUCUUGUGUGGGUGUUGAUGAUACGCUCUCAGUGAUGAUGUCGUCUGCUAUUUUUGUGUCGUGAGCACUUGCUUUACAUUAUCGGAUAGAAGGAGUACGAAAGGUGGACGGCUUUUUACGCUAGCUGGUUAGUUGAAUGUUUGGCUGUUGUGCUGACUGCCGUCGCUCUUGCCAUCGAUGUUAUUAAUUAUUAGCGUGUUGUAGUAGUGCAGAUGCAGUUUACAUCGAGCAGCAGCCGUACAGUAAUCUGACGAAAAGAGGUUGACGCUGGCGUCGACAAGCAAAACGAAACCUAGAACUACGUUGUCAUUGUGGCUCGUUGCAGGACGAGUCAAGGAUACAUGGCAAGAGCUUGAUUUGCCUUGCAUUGAAUCGGCGUCAGUAGAUAGCCUUGCUCCUCUAGUUGAACGGAAGGUAAAUCUGACAGUCAGCAUAGCGAAACACAUUGCUGGUACGCAACCUCCAAUUGCUCCGAGAUCCUGCUGGUGUUUUCGGCCUCCGGACGAUCGAUAGGUCGUGCAGUAGGCCGCCGGCACUGCACAAAUUUCUGCUUUUCUACAACAAGCACGCCUUGCCCUGUUCAUUAAAAUCCCUGCAGAAGUAACCAUAGGAAUCUACUACACAGCUACCAUCAUCACCCCUGUACUAAUCACAGUUCAGUGUGUCUGUGUAAAAAACUAUAGAUGAUGAGGGUGACAGUGAGUUUGCAUUGAGCUUGGGUCAUUGAAUUCAGGAAGAUAAGAGUGGGGCGGAGAAAAUUGUGACAGCGCGUAUUCGCGAAGAAGCGCUGGCACAAUGUCAGUUCAAACUCAAAUAUACGCCAAACCCCGUCACCAGUUUAUGCCCAGCUGGGUCCCACGAAAUCAACACGGUCACCAUGGUCAUCGCGGGCAUCACCACAGCAAUAGCCAUGGUGGUUAUCACGGAAACAGAGAACACCAUGGUGGUGGCAUAGGAAAACAGCUCGGUGGACCACACGGAGCAAAUGCUGCAAUCGCCGCGUCUGCUCUGCCGGCUGAGUUUGAUGGCAAGCGGUUGAGAAAAGCCGUGGCGCGAAAAACCGUCGACUACAAUGCCAGCCUUUCGGACUGGAUUAUGUCCCGGGUAUGGCAGCGAGAUCAUCGAGACGCACCAGCUCCACAGCCUGACCCAUCGUACCAACUACAGUUACCUCCUCCGGUUGGAUUACUUCACUCACCUGUUAACGUCGUCACAACAAAAUUUGUUCGCGCUGCGACAAAUAAAAUGAAAUGUCCUGUCUUCUGUGUCACUUGGACUCCAGAGGGCCGGCGAUUAAUUACCGGUGCUUCCAGUGGAGAAUUUACUUUAUGGAAUGGUCUAACCUUUAAUUUUGAGACCAUUUUACAGGCGCACGACCUUCCUGUCCGUUGUAUGACUUGGAGCCGAGGGGACCAAUGGAUGGUAACAGGAGAUCAUGGCGGUUAUAUCAAGUAUUGGCAGAGCAACAUGAAUAACGUCCGCAUGUUCCAAGGACACAAGGAAGCCGUCAGAGGCAUCAGCUUUUGUCCAACAGAUGCGAAGUUCAGCUCAUGUUCGGAUGAUGGUACCGUUCGAGUGUGGGAUUUCCAGAGAUGUUUUGAAGAGAGAAUUCUCAGAGGUCAUGGAAGUGAUGUCAAAUGUGUUGACUGGCACCCUCAGAAGGCCCUGAUCGUGUCGGGUUCGAAAGAUUCCCAACAGCCCGUUAAACUUUGGUGUCCGAAGGUUGGCCGUAGUGUAGCCACGCUUCAUGCGCAUAAAUCUACUGUCAUGGAUGCCCGGUGGAACCGAAACGGCCAUUGGUUACUAACAGCGUCACGUGAUCACCUCAUCAAACUCUUCGAUGUCCGAAAACUCAAUGUUGAACUUCAAACGUUUCGUGGACACAAACGGGAAGCAUGCACUCUUGCUUGGCAUCCUGUGCACGAAGAGAUUUUCGCUAGCGGUGGUUCUGACGGCGCAGUCAUGUUCUGGGCUGUUGGCAGUGACAAGGAACUGGGCGGAAUGGAACAGGCCCAUGAAUCGUGUGUAUGGUCACUCGCGUGGCAUCCUGUCGGUCAUAUCCUCUGCACGGGUUCCAACGACCAUACAAGUAAAUUUUGGACGAGAAACCGACCAGGCGAUAAAAUGCGUGACCGAUACAACCUGAAUACUUUGCCUAGAGGAGGCAACGCAAUGGCUGGUGACGAGGACGAUGAAGACGGUGGGGGUCGAGCUCAAUCCGCUCCCGAACCGAACAUUCCCGGAAUGGGCAUUGACGCCGAACAGCUACAAAGACUCAAGGAGGGGUCCAUCCCUGGACUGGACGAUGACAAGCCUCAAAAGAAAACACCACAUUCGAAACCUAUUCACAAAGGAUUUCAGCAACAGUGGUUGGAAAAUAGAGCACCGGUCGUCUUUCAACAAACGGGUGACGAACAGCCGCCUACUGACGGACAGGCCCCACCGAACAACAUUUCCGCCCCCAGCAACAGCCACAACAAUACCAAUGCGUCAAGCAACAAUAGCAAUAACAAUAGCAACAAUAACAAUAAUAGUAGUAAUAAUGGCCACACAAAUAGCCAUCCGAUGAUAGUACCACCGCAGCAGUUUGGUCAUCCAGGAAUGCCGCCCCACGGGGGGCCGCCUUCACACGCUUUGCCGGGCUGGCCUGAAGCAGGACCGCCGCCUGGCAUGAACAUGCCACCAGGACCACCUGGUCAACACCAUCCUAGUUAUGGGCCACCACCCCCGGGUCAUAUGCAUAUGGGCAUGCCGCAAGGUUUUAUGGGGGGUCCACAGCAGGGUCAACAACAGUUCCCAGGUGGUCCGCCACAUCAUGGCGGACCACAUCCACAAAUGAACUGGAUGGGUCAACCACAAGGGCCACCCCAAGGACAUCCUGGCCCACAUGGAGCACCUCAAGCUCAUCCUGAUCAAGGAUCGUGGCCGCAUACUCCAGGGCCACCAGGCAUGAACGACGGACAUUGGGGUCCAAUGGGCAGCACUGACGGAAAUGGCCUAAUGGGGGGAGGUAGUGGUGGGAAUGAUUGGUUACGAGGCAGUCAUGGACCCCCCCCUCCACCGCCACCACCUGGCAACCAAUGGGGCCAACCACCUGGAGCACCUGGUCCCGGAGGACCGAUGUGGCCGCGAGCACGAGGCCGCGGGGCCGGCCCUAUGCAAGGCGGUCGCGGACCGCCCCAUAAUCCAAUAAGUGGAGGAGCUCCUCAACAUGGCGCCGGUGGGCCGCACCAUUGGCCAGGACCAAACGCUGGCGGUGGAACGUGGAGAUAAAUUAUUAUUACUGUUACGUAUAGGUAAUGGUCUGGAUUGACUUGAAUGAAUUUGACGUAUGGUAUUGUUGCGUAAUUAGGCAUAAAGCGUAAGGCUGGGAAAGAACGUCGACAGGAACAACUAGAUAGACCCUCUGUUCUGUAGUGUUGUUCUUCUGUUGUUGACAACAAUCAGACAGACUGGAGAGACCGUAUUCACGUCAGGCUACAAAUCUGUCUCCUUUACAAAUUGUUUUCUCCAAUGAAUCGUACCAUAUAAUGACACAUUGUACAUUUGUUCCAUUAACGUAAGACUCAAUUAUGAAUAGAAGUUCUGUCUGACAGACACGUGCGAGAGACAAAAUAGAUUAGAAAGUACAAUAGACGGGACGACUAAAAAUAGAAAGAGAAAUGCGUGACUAUAUAUAUAUAUAUAUAUAUAUAUAUAUAUAUAUAUAUAUAUAUAUAUAUAAGGGAAACGAUUAUCUUAUGUAUGCUAAGAGUUUUUGAGUCUGGGGAGUGAGUUUGAAUAGAACGCCUCCAACGAUAGCAGUCGUUCGGGCGUUUAUGUGGAUAAUCUAUACGGAAAAUAUGAGGAUCGAGAAACGGGAUCGGCGUAACAACCAUUAGUGGCGUGAGAUCGAUUUCAUAAUGGCGAGAAAAGUAAUUAGAGACAAAUAUUGGUAUAUUAUUAUCCCGUAGCUCUAAUAAUAAUAUAAUAGUAAUAAUAAUUUGUAAUACGUAAAGAAACUGCUGCAGUAUGCUUCUCGGGAAUCGAGUAGGACAUACGCGAUAUUCAACAUAUGAUUUGUGUUGAUCCGCCUUUUGUUCGCUUUGUGAGAAGGACAAAGGUUCAGGAUGCACUAGACUCAUCUAAAUGUUGUCAAUACCAUGAAAAACGUGAACAUGCAUUGAGGCCUGUAGAUAGAUAGAAUAUCGAUAUACAGAAGGGCGCAACAAGGGAAAAAGGGGCUAGCAAAAGGUAGGACAAAACGAACGGGUAACAUGAGUCUGGGGUACGCGACGGAGCCGUAAUGCGUAGCAACGCGUGCUUAUUUCAAAUGCGCACAUGGUAUAACACACCGCGUGGAAAAUGAGGGUAUAAAAUGGAAAACGAAGCGAAAUAAGAAAAAAAAAAAUAUUCUCUGUAGGUUAACUGUAACGAGAUCGAAAGGGAUAAUUCUGUAAAAACUACUGUAUAGGCUGUAUCGAAAAUUACUACUACGUUCCUUCAAGUACUGUGCAAGCUAUUCAGUGUAUCACUCUACCUGCAACUAAAAUGUUUUGUCGAAUUCCACGGCUGCGUAAAGUGUGUAUCUUCUAAAUAUGUGCGUGAUUAUUAUCUGUUUGUUACGUUAUACGUUUAAUGAGUAAGUAAAAACGUAGUUGUUCGCAUGACCAGAUCAGCUCACCAUUGUAAAAAGAGGAAUCGUGAACAGCUGGCGCGCGAACUGAAGAUGAAAUCGUUCAGGGGAACCGUAUGGACAGGCAUACCCAAUUUAGGUUAACUAAAAAUUCAAACGACGAAAAAAAGGUAACAAUAAUUUGUAAAUGGCUGAAUAUAAAAUAGGAAAUGAAUGAUGGAAAACGUAACGCACGAUUUAAACGACAAUAAACAUCAUUUAAUGAUUUCAUCAAUUUUAAAUGUUAUUAUUUUUGUAUGUUGCCUG